UGGGAGAGGAGGCCGGGCCGGCCGAGGGCACCGGGCGCGCUUCCGCCGGCCGCGCCGCGCACGCCGCGGUAAAUGGGAGGCUCGGCCGGCGGGGGCGGGGGCCGCGCAGCCGGGGAGUUUCAGGAACUGGAGGAGCGGGCGGCGGCUGGAGUCGCCCAGAGCCGAGACUCGGGGCCCAGGCGGAGCCGCCGCCGCCGCCGCGCCGGGGCCCAGCCGUAACCGCCGCCGCCUUCGCCCUCGUCCGGCCAACUCGGGCCGACAGACGCGGCGCGGGAGAGGAGCCGGCCGUCCCGGGCUAGGGAUCCGCCCGCCAUGGCCACCAAGGCUCGGGUUAUGUAUGAUUUUGCUGCUGAACCUGGAAAUAAUGAACUGACAGUUAAUGAAGGAGAAAUCAUCACAAUUACAAAUCCGGACGUUGGCGGAGGAUGGCUGGAAGGAAGAAACAGCAAAGGAGAACGAGGGCUUGUUCCCACAGACUACGUUGAGAUCUUGCCCAGUGAUGGAAAAGAUCAGUUUUCUUGUGGAAAUUCAGUGGCUGACCAAGCCUUCCUCGAUUCCCUCUCAGCAAGUACAGCUCAAGCCAAUUCAUCAGCUGCCAGCAGUAACAACCAGGUGGACAUUUUGGCUCAGAUUGGUUGUAUUGAAAGUCUCAGCCAAUCACCACCUUCUUCAUCUUCUCCUUCUCCUUCUUCUUCCAUAAAUAAGGUCAGCAGUGGCAAUGACCCCUGGUCAGCCUGGAAUGCUUCCAAAUCUGGAAACUGGGAAAGCCCGGAUGGCUGGGGAGCCAAGCCCGAGGGGACUGCAGCCCAAAGAAACACCUCCAACAACUGGGACACUGCCUUUGGUCACCCCCAGGCCUACCAGGGACCAGCAACUGGCGACGACGAUGACUGGGAUGAAGACUGGGAUGAGCCCAAGGCGUCGUCUCCCUACUUCAAGGAUUCAGAGGCCACGGAAGCAGGCGGGGCCCCGCGAGGAGGCAGCCGCGCCGGCGCCUCCUCCAUGAAGCUGCCGCUUAACAAAUUUCCUGGAUUUGCAAAACCUGGAAUGGAACAGUAUUUGUUGGCCAAGCAACUAGCAAAACCCAAAGAGAAAAUUCCUAUCAUUGUUGGAGAUUAUGGCCCAAUGUGGGUUUAUCCUACCUCUACAUUUGACUGUGUGGUAGCAGAUCCCAGGAAAGGCUCCAAAAUGUACGGUCUGAAGAGCUACAUUGAAUAUCAGUUAACACCUACUAACACUAAUCGAUCUGUAAACCACAGGUAUAAGCACUUUGACUGGUUAUAUGAGCGUCUACUGGUAAAGUUUGGGUCAGCCAUUCCAAUCCCUUCUCUUCCAGAUAAGCAAGUCACAGGUCGCUUUGAAGAAGAGUUUAUCAAGAUGCGCAUGGAGAGACUUCAGGCGUGGAUGACCAGGAUGUGUCGUCACCCAGUAAUCUCAGAAAGUGAGGUUUUCCAGCAAUUUCUAAAUUUCCGAGAUGAAAAGGAAUGGAAAACUGGGAAAAGGAAGGCUGAGAAAGAUGAACUGGUGGGAGUUAUGAUAUUUUCCACCAUGGAACCAGAGGCACCUGACCUGGACUUAGUAGAAAUAGAACAGAAGUGUGAUGCUGUCGGUAAAUUCACCAAAGCCAUGGAUGAUGGUGUGAAGGAGCUGCUGACCGUGGGGCAGGAGCACUGGAAGCGGUGCACAGGCCCAUUACCCAAGGAAUAUCAGAAGAUAGGCAAGGCCUUGCAGAGCUUAGCAACAGUCUUCAGCUCUAGUGGUUAUCAAGGUGAAACAGAUCUCAAUGACGCAAUAACAGAAGCAGGAAAGACUUACGAAGAAAUUGCCAGUCUUGUGGCAGAACAGCCAAAGAAAGAUCUCCAUUUCCUGAUGGAAUGUAAUCAUGAAUAUAAAGGUUUCCUUGGCUGCUUCCCUGACAUUAUUGGCGCUCACAAGGGAGCGAUAGAAAAAGUGAAAGAAAGUGAUAAACUUGUUGCAACUAGUAAGAUCACCCCACAGGACAAACAGAACAUGGUGAAACGUGUUGGGACAAUGUCUUAUGCUUUGCAAGCUGAGAUGAAUCACUUCCACAGUAACCGGAUCUACGACUACAACAGCGUCAUCCGCCUGUACCUGGAGCAACAGGUGCAGUUCUACGAGACGAUUGCGGAAAAGCUGAGGCAGGCCCUCGGUCGCUUCCCGGUGAUGUAGGACAGAACGAACGUGAAGAAACGCCGAAGUGCUUCCUUCUGACUUGGGGCAACGCAAUUUAAUUUUUUCCCUCCAUCAUCCAAAAAGAAAGAAAGAAAGAAAACCAAAAAGAAAUAGAGUUGGAAAAAACUGCAUUUCCUUUAUUAAGCGCCUAAAUGCAUCAGUUCUUUAGGGAUAGUCUUUUGUUCAUUUCCACAUCCAUUAUUUAAACCAGUGGAAGGAAAUUGUCUAUUUUUGGAAAGUACUUAAAGUUGUCAGAAUUUUGAAUGGAAAAUUAGGGGUUUCCCCCACUGAUAUUUUACAUAAAAAUGUAAUUUAUGAGUCACCCACGAUCUUCCAGUUCUUACCCAAUGUCAGAUAAUUACUAAUUGCUUUCUUAAAAAUAUGAAAUAUGCCAGAGUAAAAAAUAUAUAUGUUUGUAUAUUUUUAUAACUCUUUUCAGCCCUUUGGGAUUCCUGUCUAUUUAGGAAGAUCUACAUGCCUUUCGCUGAGAUAUUUAUGACUCAAGUGCUUACAUUUCCUGGAGAGAGAAAGCAAAGAGGGGCUCCCGGGGCUGCGGCACCUCAUGUGCCCGUGACGCACAUGUCCCUUCAGAGGACAAAGCUUGGCCGAACCCCAGGAUCAGAGCCCCUGCGCCCACUACCCUGAAGUGCCGUCUGCUGGGAGGAGCGCCUCCCUCCUCGGCUUCUUCCCGAGCCCCGGUAGGGCUGGAAGAAUUCACCGAGAAAGCUGGGGACGCCCUCUGCCUCUGCUCGUGGGGAAGGAGCGGCCGCGCUGACCCUGCGCCCGGGAGGGCCGGCCCUGUGGGCAGACGCUCCUCCCGAGCUUUCCACUUGUUUUUAAGUCUCGAGGUGUUCAGUGAGACCUUGUGAGAAAUGCCGGGGAAAGCGUGAUUUGCCGCUUGAUCUGAUUUAGACUAGCGGGCCAGUGGGAAUUACCUGAAAAGAUGAAACACAGGUGAGCAAACCUCUCCCGGCCCCCGAAAUGGAAGGAGUUUAGGGGCUGAGGAGGGUGGCAGCCCGCAUAAUGUGCGGUCAUCCCGAGCUUUUACGUUUGAGAAAAAGCGCAGAGCGAUGUUAUUCCUGACUGUACCCUAAACUGCAGACAGAAUUUUCCUGAUCACUAGUACUUCCCUUAAUGGCAGGCGUAAAGCCAAACAGGAUCUUUGCAAACCGUCAGCAUUAAAUCUGGACACUUGCAGACACGGUCUCACUCCCGCAGAUGUCGGCGUCCUGCACAGCUGCCUCACUGCAUCCUCUCCCCCUGCUUUCACUCUUCUGACCUGACAGUUACAUGAUAGAAAAUGGAAAUUUCGGGCCAGCACAAAUAAAGUGAAACCAAAAAAUAAAUAGCAGAGGAAAUCAAAUGAACAUGAAUAUGAGAACUUCUUGUUCUUCAAUAUCACGGGUUUUUUGUUAAUGUUUUAUAAGAAAUUUUCCCUACUUGAUUUUCCUUUUAUAAAAUCUCAUAGAACAGUGUUUAUGUUACAGCCAUUUAAUAUAUGUACAAAUUGUAAAGAAUAUGUAUAAAUGUUUUACACAAAUGUAAGAGCAUGUAGAAGCCAACAUAUAAAUAAAUUGUUAAAAAACUGUACAGUAAAUUCUCAAGCACUUUUUCAAAACA